AUGGCGUUGUCUAUCCCCCCGCGAUCAGCCAUGCGCUACCUCCAAAUUCUGUAUUUCUUCACGAGGGACGACAUCACGACCACCAUUAUUCCAAUUACCCUAUUCGCAGUUGUGGCCGGGCCACUCUCCAAUUUCCAACGAUGUUUUCACAUUGUUUUCUGGAUCUGGCUUCAUCUACUCCACUUUAAUGUCGCCAAUCAAAUAAUCGACCCUCAGGAGGAUGGGAAGAACAAGUCUUCCCGACCUAUACCUGCAGGACUAAUAAGCCUGGAAGACGCUGUUGUGCUGCGAUGGGCUCUCAUUCCCAUCUGUCUCGCCACAUCUGCGUACUACAGCUCACAAGUCUUUGGCUUAAGCUUUCUGUUGACGCUGUUCAUAUUAUUCUACAACGAGCUUAAAGCUCACGAGCACUGGAUAUCGAAGAGCUUUAUAACGGCAGUGGGAUACGCCUGCUUCGAGAUAGGUUCCACUCUUAUUGCAGGCAAAGAUAUGUCACGGUUAGAACCCAACGCAAUUUCGGCGAUUGUUCUGAGCCUUGCAGUGUUCGCGAGCACAUUGCAUGCCCAGGAUUUCAAGGACGUAGAGGGGGACCGCCUUAUAGGCAGGAAAACCUUGCCCAUAGCAUUCCCGAAUCUUGCGCGGAUGUCUAUGAUGAUAGCCCUUCCUUUGUGGUCUAUCUGCCUGUCUCGCGUGUGGGGAGUGAACGCACUCUGCACAUUUGCAUUCACUGCUUAUGCAGCGAUAGUGGGGCUCAGAUUCAUGACCUGCAAUACAUCGCAGGCAGCGCGAAUGUCCUGCAAAUUGUAUAGUUUGUGGUUUUCUGUUGCACAUCUUCUCCCUGCCUAUUGGCGGUACUUCCAUGAAGCGCAAGCUUAUGUUUUAUGA